AUGGCAACUUUGUAUAAUGAUACUAGAGUUAGAAGAUGUUCGACAAGUAUUACCACAACUCAAAGUAACGACGAGAUUGAUGCUGUUUCAAAAGCUCUCGUCCGAAUGCCUGAUGAGGAAUCCAAUGAACUGAAAAAAUUUCGAAAACUUUGGUGGGAUCAAGGAAACCUUUAUCCAAAGGCGGACUGA